GUAUUCCUACAUGAAUAUUUCGCGUUUGUAAUUGGAAGAGGAGAAUAAGGGGAUCGUUCAAGCAUUAUAUUAAUAACACUAAUGGAAAGGCUAGAGAACUUCAUUUUGCGGCUCAGCGAAAUGGGCUUUGACGUGAAUGACUCCCGCGAAGCUUGGCAGAAUGGUAUACUUACAGUUCAGGACGCUAUAGAUUGGAUACUCUCUGGCAAACCAAGACGAAUUCAACAGUCAGCUACUGCAACAUUAAAGCUAGGCCAGAAUAGUGGGAGUCUAAAUGAGGAAUGUAAUCCUUUUUCAGAGGCAGCUGCCAAGCCAGUCCCAAAUACAGAGACAUUUGAUAAUACUAAGAUGGACUCCGAAGAAGAGGCCUUGGAAAGUCGCAUGCAUUUAAAUGAUGAACAGAGAAAAAUCAAAGAACGCUUUGAAGAAAAACAACGCCUCGAAGCCCGUAAGAAGAUUGUUGAGGAAAAACGAAAUAAAAGAUUAGAAAGAGAAAGAAUUAAAAGACAGAUUGAUGAAGAUCGUCAAAGAAAGAAAGAAUUGGCUAAAAGUCCGCCUUCUACAUCCUCUGUACCACCUCCGCAGCCAUGCGUUCAAACCGAUACAAAUAAAUCAAAGUCGGCAACUUCUACUAUUCAGAUACGCUUUCCAGACAACACUGUCAAAAGGGAAACAUUUGACAAGGAUGCUAUAUUUCGCGAAGUUAUUAGAACUGUUGAAAGAUUGGGCUUUUCAUCUAGCGACCAUAGUCUAGUGCAGCCUUUUCCGAGGAAAGAAUUCGAAUCCAGUGAUCAAAGUAAAACCUUAAUUGAACUAGGUCUCUAUCCAAAUGGUUCUCUUGUUCUUACGAAAGUUUCACGAAAUGAAACGAAACAAGCUGUCGUAACUACAGUUCAGAGUAUGGAAACCGAACAGGAACAGCAUGAAGAACAAGGUCAGGUGCCAGAAUUCGAAAAUUAUCCUGCUAAUGAUGAACAAGCGAAUAAUGAUGAGAUGUUGGACGAUAUAGUCAAUCCUGGAGUUAAUAUUGGUCAUUUUGUUCAGUAUAACUGGGGGGAGGGUCACGUUUUAAAUUCAGGUGGUCAAAUUUCGAACCCUGAGCAAACUGCUUUGCAAAGAGCAGCCAUUGCUGCUGAAAGUCGCUCGACUAUACAUCCCCCACCGAGCUGUUUAGCCCGUCCAAAGAAGUUAUUUUAUCAGCCAAUAAGCUAUCAAAAAUUGUUAAUAAGGACAAUUUGCAAGAGAUUGGUGGAAAAUUAUGCUUCUGUAUAUUCUUUACAGAAUCUUCCUCCAGCUUUGGCCUCGAGUCUUAUCGAAGAAUUAAAAUCAAAAAACUUACUUAGAGCUAAAAUACUGCAGAAAUUCGUUCCUUGUCGGUUAACAGAAUUGAAUUUGGAAUGCUACGCUUAUUUGACCAACGAAUUAUUGCAGUCGUUAAAAUAUCACGUCCACCUGGAAAUAUUGAACCUUAAUUCAGGAGCUUAUAUGACUGAUGUGGGGUUACAAGUCCUUUCAUAUUUGAAACAUCUGCGUUCGUUAAGCAUUGCUAACAAUAAACAAAUUACUGACGGCUUCGUUCCAACUCUAAAAAAUUUUACCCAAUUAGAAAGCUUGAAUGUUGAGGGUACAUCCAUCUCUGAUGUUGGUGUGGAACAAAUGGCGGGAUUUGGUUUACGAGCUCUGAGGGAAUUGAAUAUGGCCCGCACGAACGUCACUGAAGAAUGUCUUCAAUUGGUUGCUACAGGUUUAACUGCGGUUACAUCUCUUAACGUUGAAGGCACUAAGGUGAAUGCGUUGUGGGGUACAGCGGAAAUGGCGGAACGUUUAGAAGAUUUAAAUAUAUCGAAUUGCGCCGUUAGUACGGAUUCUCUUCAGCAUCUGAAGCAAUGCGGACAUUUGAUUUCAUUGAAUUUGCGGGGGACCAACAUCAAAACAGAAGUGGGCCUUAACCAUUUGAAAGGCAAGUAAACAAUAAAAGUUUCGGGGCGUGAGAUUCUUCUCUGGAAUAGAAUAUAUUUAGGUUCAAUUUUCAGAUCUACCUCGACUGGAACGAUUAGAGUUACCAAACAGAUUAGCUCUUACUUCGCACUCUUUACAAACACUGACGGGUCUACCUUUGAAGGAAUUGGACUUAACAAAUUGCAAUCAUCUAGAUGAUUCUGCAAUGGUAUACAUUGCUGAAAUGACUUCUCUACGGAUAUUGCGGCUUAGCAAUGUAAAAGUGACGACAGCCGGAUUAUCAUUGAUCAAAGGUUUAAAGAAGCUCAGGGAGUUGGACUUGAACCGAACUCUAAUCGACGACGAAUCGGCGAAGGUUAUCGGAGGUUAGUUCUUGUUUAUUUUCAAAUUGCGGUUGGGAAAAUAUUUGGACCGUGAUAAAUCCGUUGACUGAUGACGUCUGAUUCGACUGCCGAGUGACGGCAUGGUAUUCCUGGAAAAAAAACGAGUAUAAUAUGAGCGGCUCUCAUAGAAUAAAUAAAAGAGAAAAAAUUAAGAGGAAUGUCGACAAUUGUAUCGGUAUCAGUCUUUGUCGAACCCGCCCACUAGCGCAAAAGUGAAUUAAAGUGGGCGAGGAAGGAACAGUUACAUAGUCUUUGAUGGAUCGCCAUUCGGCCGUAUAAUGAAGAGGCUAUAAUGCGACUGGACAGAAGCUUCUUUUCAUUCCUCUCUUUUCUAUCUCCUCCCACUUGCACUCAUUCUGUGACUAUCACCAUAUGAUACAUCUAACUGGUCAUUUGAUUGAUAGUCUUGUACAGAUAUUAUCCCGUUGAACAUCGUGUUUUUUCUUGAGUGCUUUUAUUUUUAUGUUUUCGUUUUAUUAGUUUUGCAUUAAUCGUUCGACUUCCAUUCGUUCCGCCACAGAAUUGCCAGAUCUCACGCAGCUGAACGUUUCAUCGACCGCAAUUACGGACAAAUUCCUGGACAGUUGUAGCAUCAACAACUGCUAUGGACUAACGAAGCUUAACAUGAGCAAAACUUUUAUUACUAAAGAUGGACUAUCCAAGCUUGCUCUACCUUAUUUAAAGCACCUAAAAGUGGAUGGUGAACAGAACGGCGUCGAAGUACGUUUGCAGCAAUGUCCUAAUUUACAGGGCGUUAUUGUGAUAAAUGCGAAAACGGACGACGAAGUGGAUGAUUAAUUAUACGGUCGACUCUAGACCCCCCCUUCUUUACUCUCUCGUCGUUCCAGCUCUCUCUCUCUCUCUCUCUCUCCUCACUCUGUUUCUCCUCUUCUCUUCCUGUUACCUACAUAAUAUUUCAACAACUUUCUAGUUGCUUGUUUUACUUUUUUUUUUAAUUCAUUGGAAUUUUGUUCGUUUUCUUUUAAAUAUUGACGCCUGCGUUCUCUUCGUAGUGGACGAGUAAAACAGGUGUUUCGUAUCGGCUUUUUUUUCGUUCUAAAGCCGCUUUAAAAAUCAACGGACUGUGAUUGAUAGACGAGAGGGGUUUUAAGAAGAGUAUUUAAAGACCUUUUGAAGAGAAUUUCGACCGACAGUUGUGUAAUUUCAAUGGUAUUAUCAUAAAAAUCCUAUACGAAUGUUAUCCUCGAGGAUUUGCGUCGCGCGAAUAAAAUGGUAUUUUAUGUGAAAUUGCUUUUUCUCUCUCUUUUUCUGUUUUAUUCUUGUACUUUUCAUGAAAUAUUUACGGGACGGCAAACUAAUGCAAACAUUUGAGUAAAGUUACACGCAGAGUUUCGUUUAUAUGUUUAGCAGCGGUUUUUUGAUGUAAGGAGAAUGUAGCUUUCCAGAUCAAUCAUUUCCUACAGUUUUUUCCCAAUCCCGUAGGAAUAGACGCUCAAAGCGCGUCACGUUCUGUUCAAUAAUCGUUUUCUUUAUCUAAGAUAUUCGUAAUCCUAUAUCGUAUAAGGAUCCUACGUAUAAUUUACAUUGCAUAAAUAUACUUUACUUGGAUAUUGGAUAAAACAACUUGUUAUUAAUUUCAUAAA